CAGCUGCUUGUAAACAGAUCCCGCCCCACGUGACGCGUGCGAAGUACCUGCGCGGGGGCACCGGGCAUUGUCCGUCGUGGCUGCAGGCUGAGGAGCAGGGUCGGCCGCGGCACUCUUCUGCGGCGGGCUCAUCGCUGACAGGAAGCGGUUUCUCUCUGUCCUGCCUCCCUCGCCGCGCCGGCGGUGAUCCAGCGCAUCCCCCGCCUCGGCGCCUUUCCCGUUCCCCCGCCGCUAAGAUGGCUGAUGGUGGGCGGUGAGGUGGCGAGCGGAGCUGCGGGACGGCAGACGGGACGGUCGAGGGGAGGGUGGGGGGCGCGUGCGGGAAGCCGCGCAGCGCAAUGUCUGCCUUCGCCCUGGAGGAAACGCUGGAGGCCGACUGGGUGGCCGUGAGGCCUCACGCCUUCCAGGAGCGGGAGAAGCACAAGUUCGUUUUCAUCGUGGCCUGGAACGAGAUCGAGGGCAAGUUCGCCAUCACCUGCCACAACCGCACGGCGCAGCGCCAGCGUAGCGGCUCCCGGGAGCUCCGGCGCGGCGGCCCCGCAGGCCCCGAGCCCAGAGGCUCCUCGAAGGCCAGCAGCCCCGCGGUGCGCAGGGACAGCGGCCUGUCGCGGGGCUCCUCGCAUCUCCGCGCAGAGCCGGGGCUGCGGGGGGCGGCGGCCGAGGCGCUGCCUAGGAGCCCGCUGCGCACCAAGAGCAGCCCGGCCCGGAGGCCGCAGCGGGGCCCGGAGGCGGCAGGUGCUGCCGAAGAGAUAGAAGUACUAGAGCUGGGGAAGGAGGAGGCGGCUACAGCGCUGUCGUUGCCGCCCUCGCCGCUCCAGGCAUCAGAGCCGGGCGCUCCCGACGCGGAGACCACCGGGGAGGAGUGUAGCUGGGCCGGCCUCUUCUCCUUUCAAGACUUGCGGGCUGUACACCAGCAGCUGUGCUCGGUGAACUCGGAGCUGGAGCCCUACCUGCCUGCCUUCCCUGAGGAGCCCUCGGGCAUGUGGACGGUGCUGUUCGGAGCCCCGGAGCUAUCCGAGCAGGAUAUGGACGCUCUCUGUUACAAACUGCAAGUUUACUUGGUCCACAGCUUGGAUACCUGCGGUUGGAAGAUCCUCUCGCAGGUGCUCUUCACCGAGGCUGACGAUCCCGAAGAGUAUUAUGAGAGUCUGAGUGAGCUGCGACAGAAGGGGUACGAAGAGGUGCUACAGCGGGCCCGCAAGCGAAUCCAGGAGCUUCUGGAAAGACAUAAGAACACUGAAAGCAUGGUAGAGCUGCUUGAACUGUAUCAAAUGGAAGAUGAAGCCUAUGGUAGUCUUGCAGAAGCCACCACAGAGCUUUACCAGUACUUACUACAGCCAUUCCGUGAUAUGAGGGAACUUGCAAUGCUUAGAAGACAGCAGAUAAAGAUCUCGAUAGAGAAUGACUACCUAGGACCUAGAAGAAUUGAGAGUCUGCAGAAAGAAGAUGCUGACUGGCAAAGAAAAGCUCACAUGGCUGUGCUUUCUAUUCAAGAUCUUACAGUUAAAUACUUUGAAAUAACGGCUAAAACACAGAAAGCUGUGUACGAUCGAAUGCGAGCAGACCAGAAGAAGUUUGGUAAGGCAGCAUGGGCAGCAGCAGUGGAACGUAUGGAAAAACUUCAGUAUGCAGUUUCUAAGGAGACUUUGCAGUUGAUGCGUGCAAAAGAAAUCUGUUUGGAGCAGAAGAAGCAUGCACUGAAAGAGGAGAUGCAGAGCCUGAAAGGUGGUACAGAAGCCAUAGCCCAUUUGGACCAGUUAGAAGCUGACUAUUAUGAUCUACAGCUUCAACUGUAUGAAGUGCAGUUUGAGAUCUUGAAAUGUGAAGAGCUGCUGUUGACAGCACAACUUGAAAGCAUCAGAAGACUGAUGUCAGAGAAGAGAGAUGAAGUGGUAUAUUAUGACACUUUCGAAAGUAUGGAAGCCAUGCUUGAAAAAGAGGAUACGGCAACAUCUAUAUACUUGCAAAAAGAAGAGCUGCAAAAAUUACAACAAAAAGUCCGCCAGCUGGAAGCACGGCGUGGACGUAUUUCAGCCAAGAAAGCCUACCUCAGAAACAAGAAGGAGAUCUGUAUCGCAAAGCAUAAUGAAAAGAUCCAGCAACGUCACCAGAGUGAGGAAGAAUACAAAAUUCACCAUACUGUUCAGCUAAAGCGAGAUCAGUUACAAGAUGAAGAGGAAAGAAAGAGCUCUUGGGUUAGUCAGGAACGACAGAAAACACUGGACAGACUUCGCACAUUUAAACAGCGGUACCCUGGGCAAGUAAUACUUAAAUCAACCAGACUUCGGCUAGCUCAUGCAAGAAGAAAAUGUGCGGCCAGCUCAGCGUCCUGUGUUGAUCAGCCUCAAUCUUUGCCAGCAGCCAUACAAAUCCAAGAGAAAAGUGAAGAGGUGGAAUCAGAAAAUGCAGUUCGGCCAUUGCAAGUGCAAGAAUUCACAAGCUUAGAACAACUUCAAGAUACCCCAUUACUUCCUGAUGGUGUUAACUCUGAACUGCCUCCUGUUAGUAUUUCUCCACUCACCAGUAAUGAGGUUGAACCAGAGAUCGUUACUGUAGUACCUCUUCCACCCCCUCUGCCUCCACCACCACCUCCGCCUCCACCUUUGCCCUCCAAGGAAGAUGCUACUGCAAAACCCAUAGAGAAAAGUGACAGCUUUGUUAAACGUCAGAGUGAGGAGAAGGGAGUCCAGCACUCUUCUGGUGUCCCACCAGCAUAUCUGUUUGACAGCAGUCAGCUAGUCAGUGCCAAGAAGAAGCUUAAGAAGACUGGUGAUCUAGAAAGUUUACAGAGGAGAAGAGUGAGUUCCCCGAUGGAUGAAGUGCUGGCUUCCUUGAAACGUGGCAGCUUUCACUUAAGAAAGGUUGAACAAAGAAGUCUCCCGCCUUUUCCUGAUGAAGAUGAUAGCAAUAACAUCUUGGCACAGAUCAGGAAAGGGGUGAAACUGAAGAAAGUGCAGAAAGAUGUUCUGAGAGAGUCCUUUACAAUUCUGCCUGAUACUGACCCCCUGACAAGGAGUAUCCAUGAAGCAUUGCGACGGAUUAAGGAAGCAUCACCUGAAUCAGAGGAUGAAGAGGAGAGUUUGCCUUGCACAGACUGGGAAAAUUAACCUGUGACUCACAGCUACUGACCUGAGAGGAGAAACCCCCAUUGAAGAUUACUUUUCCUCAUCAUUUUUGAAAAUUCAGAGCCAGCAAUUAUGACCAUCAAUUCCACAGGAGGCUUUCUUUGGCAAACAAUUCAGUAUAUGGAAAAAAUAGCCUGAAAUGUUAAUUUUUGAGUCACUACUUUUUGGUUGGUUGGUUGGGUUUUUUUUUUUUUUUUUUUUUGUUUGGUGGUUUUGUUUUUUGUUUGUUUUGGGGGUUUUUUUAAUUCAAAAAAUUCUGGUUUGGAUAGAAAUCUAAGUUGUUCAGAUGUGUAUUUUGUAGGAUCAAGAAUGUCCAAUUCUUAAGCACAUUUUAUAUGUACGUAAGUAAUGUGUGGCCAGUUAAGUGAGGGGAGCAUAUUGAGUAUAUAUGAGAACAUACUCAAGAAUACUUGCUGUUAGAGUAACUUAGGGAUUCAGCCAAGGCAUCAAACUAGCUAUAAAACGUUCCCUUCACUGCACUGAAUAUAUAUCAUCUGCCUUGAAAUCCAACUAAAUACUCCUUGCAGAGAAGGUGUAGCAGUGUGAUGUUCCAGAAAGAGCAGAAUUCCUAGUUGCACUACAGUAGCUGAAAUUCAGUAACACACCACUUAAAACUUUUUCUUCUUAGUUUGAAGAAGUGUAUGUCAGUGUGAAAAGUAACAAGUGACACAGCACAAUAUGGAGUAAGAGUUGAAUUCAGUACAUAUUCAAGCAUGUGUUUAUUUCCAACAUGGUACAUUUAGCAAGACAUUGCAGCACCUUUUUAGAAAUUCGUUUAUGGUCUGACACCUUUUUAAAGUGACAUCUUCUUGCGCUUUUUUUAAUAAUAAUAUUUAGCUAUGCUGAACCAAGGUAGUUUUACUUUUAUCAUUUGUUAUAAGAAACAGUAUUUUGUAAUUUCAUACUUAAAAUUAUUUUUCUUUUUUGGUUUAAAAUGCUUUUUGAUUAGUCUAAGCAGCCUUCUUUAAAAAAGAUCAAAGCACUUAAACAUACUAAUGAUUCACUUGUGAAAAUCAUGCUUCUCUUGCUGUUUUCAUUAUUCCCUUUAGUAGCUUCAAAAAUGUUUGCAUUCCAUACCCAAAGGCGUAUGGGCUGAAAAGAAAAAAAAAGUUACCCUUUUUUUUUUUAACAAGAAUUACACCUUUCUCUGUGGUGAAUGCUUAGAAGUAUUCCUAAACUUCGUGACUAAUGGCUGCAGGCAGCUAUUCUUACACUACCACAGUACUAAGAGGAGGUAGGUAAGUACGGAGAUACAAAUAACCUUGUACCAUCUAUAAACUCCAUGUGAUGGUCAGUCCAUUACAACUU